UGUCGCGCAAGGAUAGAGUAGCGCGCUCUGUUGCAUAGUCCUCACGACACGACUCCAGUCGUCCAGAUAUAUCUCUCUCAGAACAAGGAAAAUGACGAAAAAGCUUGUAAUAACGGCCAAACGCAACAGGGACGUAUUGACUCCAAUAUUGGAUUUGGAGAGGAAUAAAGCAUGAUGGUUUUAUAAGAAACUGGUGCCUUUUGGCGCUGUAUAAAACGAGCAGGGUGCCUUUUUCAGUACUCUACAAACACCUGUCAACAGCUGAAAGAUGAAGUUUGGGAAGAGCAUCUGUAUCCUUAAUGUGGGUGGCACAAAAUAUGCGUUCUCUAAGGAGGUGAUAAAAGAUUUCCCUCUGAGUAGAGUGAGCCGUUUGCACAAAUGCGCCUCGGAGAAAGAAGUACUGGAAGUAUGCGAUGACUAUGAUCGGGAACGGAACGAGUUUUUCUUUGAUAGGCACUCCGAGGCUUUUUGUUUCAUCAUGCUGUACGUGAAGUACGGGAAGCUACGAUUCGUCCCGCAGAUGUGCGAGCUGUCAUUCUACAACGAGAUGAUUUACUGGGGGCUGGAGAGCUCACACUUGGAGUUUUGCUGCCAGCGAAGACUGGAUGAUAGGAUGUCCGACUCAUAUAUUCAUUUCUCCGAAGAGGAAGAUAAACUCGACAAAGAAAUGAGGGGGGAGAAUUUGGUGACUCGAGUGGUCACAGAGAGAGAGGAUUCAAAGUGGCUGGAGAGAAUGAGAAGGACUUUUGAUGAACCGACUUCAUCAGUCGCAGCACAAAUCUUAGCUUCAGUGUCCGUUAUAUUUGUUAUAGUGUCCAUGGUGAUGCUUUGUGCAAGUACUUUGCCAGAUUGGAAAACCGCUGAGAACAACAGUGUGGUGGAGCACAGGUACAAUCCAGACUCUUUAGAGCAUCCAUCCGGGAUCAUCGAGGCUGUGUGUAUCAGCUGGUUCACCGCCGAGUGCAUCGUGCGCUUCAUCGUGUCGCGGGACAAGUGUGAGUUUGUCAAACGGCCCCUCAACAUCAUCGACCUACUAGCCAUCACGCCCUACUACAUCUCCAUCUCCAUGACGAUGCUGACAGGCGAGAACUCGCAGCUGCAGCGGGCGGGUGUCACCCUGCGUGUCCUGCGCAUGAUGCGCAUCUUCUGGGUGAUCAAGCUGGCCCGUCACUUCCUGGGCCUGCAGACUCUAGGGUUGACACUGAGGCGCUGCUACCGGGAGAUGGUGAUGCUGCUGCUGUUCAUCUGCGUGCCCAUGGCCAUAUUCAGUGCUCUAGCCCAGCUGCUGGAGCAUGGCCUGGACUUGGAGUCGCCCAACGAGGACUACGCCAGCAUCCCUGCCGCCUGCUGGUGGGUUAUUAUCUCCAUGACCACUGUGGGCUAUGGAGACAUGUACCCCAUCACCGUGCCUGGGCGAGUGCUGGGUGGCCUGUGCGUGGUGAGCGGCAUCGUGCUCCUGGCACUGCCCAUCACCUUCAUCUACCACAGCUUUGUGCAGUGCUACCAUGAGCUCAAGUUCCGCUCGGCCCGCUGCACGCGGAGCCUGUCCGCAGAGUUUCUCAACUGAGGGACCACUGACGUUAAUGGGGGGGGGGGGGGGUGCACCCCUUGCUACUCCCCGACACCUCUUCAGAAGAGACCUCCAUCCACACUAGAACUGUGUAUUUAUCUGAAACGUGGCCUCUUUCAUUGUCUCACACGUAUUUUGUUGAUGUAUCCCUCAUCUUUGAACGUCAGUUGCUGGGGUUGUGGAUUUUGAGGUUUGCAGACAGCACAGCCUUCAACCUUCAACAGUAAAGUCCAAGUAAGAAGUAUGGGAUGGGAACUAGGACAGUUUCCACGGCUGCCAUGGUGACAGUGGUUUUUGGGGCAGAGGGCAUCUGGAUCAUGUCAGACCAGAAGGAGGCCUUCGCGUACUGUGGAUUACACUGCUGGCUGGCAUUCUUCUCUUCUCAUAUGGCGACAUGCAACAAAAGGGAUUUGAGUUUUAAUGUAAUUUUCAAUCCCACUCUCUGACAGUGUCACAGUGUGGGAGAUGGGAAGGUAUAAUUUUGCUUCUCUUCCUUAGAUCAUUUAUUUCUAGUAUUCCGUCGGCCAGUGAGUGAACAACAAUGCAUUUCAAAGAACCAAAGUGUAUCAGUACAGUGUACACUGUAUGUUCCCUUUAAUCUUUCACUGCAACGCUCACCUUUCUGCUUUUAUCUUGCGUACACAAACCUGACAGAUAUAAAGAGCAAUUUGAACGAGCCUAUUUACAGCUCAAACAUGGCCGCAUUCUAAACCUAUUACCUAUUCCCCCCUGAAAACCAAGCAAUGCAAAAUGGCUAUGUAAUGUAUUUGUCGGAGAAACCAAGGGGGAGGGGUUUAACAAGAAAGAGUACAAUAUUGUGUGGGUCUGUCAGCUCAGCUGUGUAGGCAGGUCUGUAAUGUGGAACACCAAGCCACAGAGCGAGAGUGUGUCAUGGAGAGACGGGUGGUUCGGCUGACACUGUGCAGUGUAGUGAGGAGAGGGCAUGCAUGCCUCAGCCUCGGGAGCGCUGCGAGUCUACUGACUGGAGGAGUGUAACCAUUUGUGGCUGGUGUCAAAACCUUGGUAGCCUCUGCCUGUCACAACAAAGACACUCGGCAUGCCCAUCCCACCAUCCUCAUCAGUACUGUAUGUCAAAACCACCACAGCCUUGGUAGGCACUCCUCUCAAUGUUGUGGCCCACCUGCUUCUCCUCGACAUACUGUCGACGCCAUGUUUGAGUGGCUGGUGUGAUGCAUUCCGCCUCCUUUCCUGCCAGAGUGAAUUCGAUUGAAUCUGAAAAGCUUUCAUCAUGCCUUCAUUCAUUUCUAUGGUGGGGAAUUGGGAAUCAGAUCCUCUCAUGUGUUCUCUUCACAUCAGCCUGCUCCAGGGUAUACUACCUGUUAUCGCUAACAAGCACCAUCUCUCGUCUCUCAGAUUGUCGAUAGCUGUGUUUGCUCCUAGCACUUGGUUUAAGUAUUUGCUAAGAGAAUCUGUAUUUUGAACCAAAGCAGUUUUAUAUCUUCCGGAAGCACUUUAUAUAGUGGGAGCAUUGGACAGUUCAUCAAGUCAGUGACGAAUGCAAAUGGGCCAUAUUGUGUGUUCUAUUUCAGGGUUUCUCAAAUUCGGUCCCAUUUUGGUUUUUGCCCUAGGACCACACAGCUGAUUCAAAUAAGCAACUCCUCAUCAAGCUUUGAUGAUUUGAAAUCAGAUGUGUAGUGCUAGGGCAAAAACCAAAAUGUGCACCCAAGGGGGGCCCAGGACCGAGUUUGGGAAACCCUGCUCUAUUUGAUGUGAUUGUUAUUCACUGCUGGGAAUACCAGUCUAAUUGUACUAGUGAUGCUGGUUCUGUUUAUACAGAUUUGGUGUUCCUUUGCUUUGUCCUCAGUGUAAUGGUUUCCACUGGCUGCAGACAGCCCCAUCUGCUCUCUCUGAUCUGCCUUGCUUUAAUUUGGCUGCUUUUCCAAACACAGCAGUCACAAAACUUUAACUGAAUAUGUUGAAUAUUGAUGGGAUAAGAUUGAUUAAACUCGGGCCUCCCGAGUGGCAGAGCAGUCUAAGGUACUGCAUCGCAGUGCUAGAGGCAUCACUACAGUUCCGGGUUCGAUCCCGGGCUGUGUCGCAGCUGGGACACACAGAAUGAGGUGCAAUCACACCAAAGAGCCUGAUAUUCGAGAGGAAACAACUUAAGUAUUUGCUUUGAGAGUGCGAGCACACAAUGAGUUUUGAACCUGAAGGGAACUGGCAGCAACACGUAGCCUAUCUCUGUCAGCAACAAUACCCUCCUCAUCUAUGGGAAUAAUUCACUUUCUCUUGUCAACAUUCACAUCAACAUUUAAUUAUCUCUGCUCUCAUUAAAAAAACUCACAGGAAGUCACAUUGCUCCACGGCAAUGAGGAUUUAUAUUUCUGACCAGCCUACUUUUCCCUGACAGAAAUCCACAUCAUUCAGAGCUCCCUGGAUUCCACUCCAUUUAAGUGAAUAUUUCCACAAGAUUCAUCAGGGAUUCUAACUGCCGCAGGGGGGACUGAGACUCUGACACCAUAAAAAAUCCAAGCCUCAUAUAGAUCACAAUAGCUAGAUUUCCUCUAACCAUACUCUCUUCCUCCUCUCGUCUGUUUGUUUCUCUCUCUCUCUCUCUCUCUCUCUCUCUCUCUCUCUCUCUCUCUCUCUCUCUCUCUCUCUCCUCUCUCUCUCUCUCUCAAAGUGGGAUUACAAGACAAAUCAGGCAAUAAAAACACAUUGAGGAGAUUGAAGAUGGUUCACUCAUUAUAAGACCAUUGAGUGACCUAUUUAAUGUAUUUCUGACACCAUGUCACUGACAUUGCUCUACUCAAUGAAAUGUACAAAUAUUCCACACCCAAACUCAGUGCAAUCUUGAUAUUUGGACUGGGAACAUAUUACAUAAGUAUCUCUGUUGUCAUCACAAUAUGUAUUUUGACAUUGGACUAAAACUGUGAGACAAGAAAAUGUGGACCACUAGUGAGUUUGAUCCCUUGUGAAAUGAACGCUUCUGGAAAAGUUGCUGUUGUGUUGCGGAUCAGGUAAGGUAAGGCAAUGUGAUUUUUGUUUAGUUGGAACAAAUGAUGUCUUUCUGAAUUUAGUAUUUGAGAAUAACUGAAGAAUAUUUCCACUACUGUAAACCCUUAUAGGACAUAUUUCUGUGCUCACGGUGGAUGUAGUGGGGGGCAAAAGUGGCCCCACAGUUGUUACAAGACUUGAUAAAUAGCGAUAUUUCAGAUAGGACCUGCAACCUCUGGAUACUCUACAGUACUUAGUCACACCGAAACACCUUCUGUGGGCACCUUUAGCAUAUUGCCGCUUCAAUAGAAUGUACAAUUGAAACAGUGCAUAGGAUAUCUUUUGAAAAAAUGGUUGUUUAUGCAAGCCAUGUCUCCAAAAUGUUUAUUGUUUUUUCCCUUAUUUUUUUUAAUGAAACCAGCUAUUUUGUAUAGAGCUUAUGUUGUUUACAUAUAUAAUGGUUAUAUGGUUGUAUAUAAAUAAAGCUAAUCUGUCUAAUCUGUA